AUGGCUGCAGCCGGCGCGCCGGAGCCGGCGCAGGAACCCAGCUGGAGACAGGAAAUGCCUCAGCCAGGCGUCCCGGCUUGUGCGGCUCCGGGUCUGAAUGUCGGGGGGCCUGGAGGUGCCAGGACCCUGUUGGGAUGCGGGACACCCCCUGGCUGCACUGAGCGGGGCUGCGAAAAGCAUCAAGAACCACCCCCCCGACGAAUGGGGGGCUGGGAUCUCCGUCCCUCAUCACCGCUGGGAGCCAUGACUGCCCUGGGCUCCUGGGUCUCCUUCCGGCCGCUCCCCAAGCUGACCCUCGGCCUGCUGGCCAUCAUGAUCGUCUCCUGCCUCAUCCACCUAAGCACCCGGUUCCCCACCGCAAGGCAGAGGCUCCCCUAUCCAAAGACAAUUAAGGGGGCCCCACCCCACCUUACAGAGCGCGGCAUGUGGACCGUGAACUCCGCCGGGCGCCUGGGGAACCAGAUGGGGGAAUAUGCCACCCUCUACGCCCUGGCCAAGAUGAACGGGCGCCAGGCCUACAUCCUCCCAGAGAUGCACCAGCAGCUGGCGCCGCUCUUUCGCAUCACCCUGCCCGUGCUCUCCAGUGACGUGGUCCAGGACAUCCCGUGGAAGGACUAUGAGCUCCAUGACUGGAUGUCGGAGGAGUACAGGCACAUCGAGGGGAAAUACAUCCGGCUGACGGGCUACCCCUGCUCCUGGACCUUCUACCACCACCUCCGGCAGGAGAUCCUCCAGGAAUUCUCCUUCCACGACCACGUCAAGGAGGAGGCCAACCGGUACCUUGCCGGGCUGCGUGGGCAGCGCCGGAACGUGACCUACGUGGGCGUCCACGUCCGGAGGGGGGACUACGUCCACGAGAUGCCCACAUUCUGGAAGGGGGUGGUGGCGGACAAGGCCUACCUGGAGAAGGCCAUGGGCUACUUCCGGGCCAAGUACCAGGAGCCGGUCUUCGUGGUGACCAGCAACGGGAUGGAGUGGUGCCGGGAGAACAUCGACGCCUCGCGGGGGGACGUGUAUUUCUCGGGGGAUGGGAUGGAGUUGUCGCCGGGGAGGGACUUUGCUCUCUUGGCCCAUUGCAACCACACGAUCAUGACCAUUGGGACCUUCGGCAUCUGGGCCGGUUACCUGGCUGGGGGGGAGACCAUCUACUUGGCCAACUACAUGCUCCCCGACUCUCCCUUCCUCAAGAUCUUCAAGCCUGCGGCCGCCUUCCUACCCGAGUGGAUCGGGAUCGACGCCGAUCUCUCCCCGCUGCGCAGUGGGACGACUGGCUAAAGGAGCUCAGCCAGUGCCCACAGGCUGCCAACGGGAUCCACCCACCAAGACUUGGCUGGUUGGCCAAGGACUGGGCACCUGGGACCCCUGGCCGAUGCCGGCUGCGCUGGGGAGAUCGGGGGAGAUUGGAGCUGGGCUGGUGGGGUUCA